AUGAGUCGUACUAAUAAUAGAGAGCUUAUUGUGAAAAAAAUCCUCAGUGCUGGUACCAAAACUGUUACAUUUAAUCCAGGAACAAAAGUUAAUUUUCAUUUUAAAACAACCAAGUGUGAUGAGAACGAAACUGUUAUUGAUGACAGUCGCGUGUUAGGAAGACCAAUGGAGCUUGUACUGGGCAAAAAAUUUAAAUUAGAAGUUUGGGAAACUAUUGUUCAAAAAAUGGCUUUGAAUGAAGUCAGUAAGUUCACCGUGGAUAAAAGCCUUGUCACUUCUUAUCCAUUUGUAUCAAAAACAUUGAGAGAAGUCGAUAAACCACAGAAUGAAAAAGUUAACAGGCAUUGUUGUGGUGUUACUUUACAAAAUGAAGGUUGUAAAUUACUAAACAAAGAGUAUUAUAAUGUUAUUGAACACUGCACAACUGUGUUGGAAAAUGAACCAGAUAAUGUAAAAGCUCUGUUCCGGAGAGGCAAAGCGCACAUUGGAGCAUGGAAUCAAGUUGAAGCUACUAAAGAUCUUGAAAGAGCUGUUGAAUUAGAUCCAACUUUGAAAUCAGUAGUUGAAAAAGAAUUACAAGCUCUUGCAUCAGCUAUCAAAAAAAGAGAACAAUCUGAAAAACAAAAAUAUACAAUAGUUGAUUUUAAUAAAUAA